AUGUCCGAUGCUUUCGCUUUAGCUGCCAAAGAAGUCGAUGAGGAUAGCGAAGGGAGUCAAGCUGUUGAUGCGUCACCGAGCCCAGCACCCCGAACAUGGCGUGAACGAAACCAAGGAAACGAGAGUCAACUACGACAAGCAUACAACCAGAACCAGAGUCACUUAGAUACAAAAGCGCCUAACAGGCCUUUUUCGCGAGGCUCGUUCGCAGCCUCAAGAAUACCUGAAGCGAAAAAUUCCCCUGGCACCGCAUCGCCGCGACAGCGCACCUUUUAUGGAAAGUCGAGAGCGGGAUUGUCGUUUGGGCUUAAGGAGCCCACGCCAGAGAUCAAUGGAGUACAGGGUGGGAGUCGACCGGGAAGUGCAGCCGGGAUACGACGACCAGAUAGCGCAAGUGGAAUACCACGACCAAACUCAAGCUGGGGAUUAAGACAUAUGCCCUCAAAAGAUGAUUUGACGAAACAAGGACGCAUUCCAGAACUCGUCCCUGGUAUAGAGGACCUACUGCCAUCAAUUGAGGGUCCCGAUGCUCAAAACGAACCAGCCAAACCGGAGCCAGCCGAAGCGUCCCCUGAAAAGAGCUUUGCAUGGCAGAUAGACGACGAUUUUACAGCUGGGGAGUUUCAAAUGUCGGAUAGUCCAAGGAUUCGGAUGGGCGAGCGUCCAUUUGCGAACCGAAUCCACUUUGACGAAGGUAGUGAGAUCGAUAUAAACUCGCGGACAAGGGUGGCGCAUCCUGGAGCGCGCAACACCAAGCUUGACGAGAUUCGAUCGCGAGAGGUAAAGGCCGGAAGCGAUCUCCCUGUUGAGCCGUGGCGAUCACAUAACACAAAAAUUGACGAGAUACGGGCGCGUGAGGAGCAGGUUGAACAUCAAAUACCUAUUCCUGACCGCAAUGCGCCGAGACCGAGAAAUACCAAAUUAGAUGCGAUCCGACAACGGGAAGUUAAUGGUAUCCCUAGAAGAUCGAUGGCGUCGAUUAAGUUGGACGAGAUCCGAGAGAAAAAUGCAAUGAGUCGCUCACGUUCACCAGAAGAGAAUCGACCGCAGACGAACCGAGGGGUCGUCCCAGAGACAAAGACAAACGUUGAAAUUGAGACCCAGGAACCGGCGCCUCGGCCAAAGUCUGCAUUCGAGACAGCUGGUGAACGGGUUCCAGACACGCCUGUAACAAUAUACAAGUCGCAACGAGCAAAUGUAGAAGCGCAUCAAACAGAAGGAGAUGUUUUAAACAACGAUCAACAACCUGCGCGACUGGGUCUGUCGCACAUGCGUACUGAUUCCCGAGACCUGUUGCGACGCUUGGCCAGGGCUGCCAGUUCCAGUCCUGCGCCAGAAACUGAGCCGCGGCAGGUGGCCGACACUGACAAACCCGCAUCUGUACCUCAGGAUCCCAAACCCGACAUCACAUCUACAAUUUCGCAACCUUCCACCAACAAUGGCUUCCGAAGUCGUCAACAACGCAGGAAAGAUUCUGAUACUAAACCUACUGUUGGAUUUACUGGUCUACCUCGAAGUCGUUCUACAGAUUCUGUUAAAAGCAAGAAAUCCAUGAAUUCUGAUGCCGACCCUACAGCCCGCCUCGAAGCGGAGGCCAGUUUAUUUGCCCCAGGCGAUAAUCACUCUGAAAAGGGAUCUGUUAGGGCGCCCUCGCCAGAGCCUGACUCUGACGAUGACUCUGAAGAUGAGAAGCAUGUUGAGGUAACACCUCGGCCGUCCAAGCCAGAUCCCUUGACUAUGCCCACGCCUAAGAUUACGGGCGCAUAUGUGGAAACGCCUGCGACGGUCAAGGUUGAGAAAUUUGAAGUCAAGGACAAACAUGAAAAGCCAAAGAGGGAAGAAAAACCGCUGCGACAAAGAUCUGCAUCGUUCCGUGAUAAAAGGACGGAUCGUGCGAUGAGUGGCAGCGAUAGGGACACAGCAUCAGAUCCGGGGACAGACGACAAACUUGGUACCAAAACUUCGUCGAGUGGGGUGAGAAAGCGGCGCACUCGUUCUCUCUCACGCCGCAGAGGCACACUUAAAAACUCAGCAAGGCUUCCAACAGUCAAGGACGAUCUCAAGGAGCUCCAACGCACACAUCACAUUGAGGAUUCCACAUUGGAUGAUCUUGAAGAAGUUAUUCUUGGUCGCAGGGCCCCAUCUCGACAAGUUGAGGCUCUUCUCGAUAAACUACCCCAGGACUCAUCCUUUGACGACGACUUUGACUUCGAACUGGAACUUGAUACCAAACUCAACACGCGCACCAACCAGAUCGACCCCCAGAAUAACGAUAACUCCGAUCUGGACCGACUCACGCGCAUGAACAAUACACUCAAAAGUAGCCUUUACGGAAUUCACACUGCAGCAAGGGGCAUUGAACGUCUAUCUGACCAGGUCAGCACCAAGAACAAGGCCGCCAACAAAGCAGCAGAAGAGAAAGCUAUCGAAGACAAAGCAUUAGAAGAAAUUGCCACCCAAGACAAACCAACGGCAUUGAAGAUACCGAAAGAAGAGCCAGUCGAGAAGAAUCUCCUCGAUAUCAUCAAGCCCGAGCCGGUCCCUGAAAAAAUGGCGGCAUUGCACGACAGCCACGGCACAGGCCCCGCCUACAUCACGCACCCUGAUGCCAAAACAGUGUCGUACAUCCAAUUUCCCGUCCCACAGCUCUACCGCCGCAAGCCAUUCUUCCGCUUCACAUUUCUUGGACUCAUUCUUUUCAUCUUGGGGUCUUGGUAUGUUGCUGAGUCCGCCAUGUGCGCCCAAUUCUGCCGUCCUACUCGCUGCAGCAGCUCUCCCUGCGUCUGGUCUGUCAACGAUCCUACCUUUGGCAACGCUAUACCUGUGAAGCUGGACCAAUGGGCCACGGGCGGUCGCGGACGUAUCUUUGCUGAGCAAUUCAAGGAGGAGGUUGAGGAUUGGUUCGCAGACAUGAAGGACACCUAUUACGAUCGCGAAAUCACAGAUAUCGACAUCAACAGACUCUCGUUUGAACAAAAGCGUCAGCAUCGUCGACGACUUCGUAAGAAGGGACUUGUUAAGCCUCGAGUACAGACAGCAGAGCAACGGGCCAAGUGGGAUGCGUGGCGACAAGCACGACGAGAGCAAGAGCGACAGAACGAAGCACGAGAGAUGGGCUAUGAGAUCUCAGGGGAUGAGGAUGAAACUGUCGGAGGAGACCAGAGGGUCUGGUAA